CCCACCACAGGCUCAACCGGGCCGGGGGACUCCUAAUUCAUUAAACCACCGGGGGGAAAAGUACCGGGGACAAGUGGAGUCAUCGAUUUGAACCAGCUUUAUCGGGACUACAUUUUGCAUGGAAGCGGACGGAUUCGUAUCCCGGCGAUCCUCCGUGGACACACCGGGCGUCGAGGGCGCUUCAGACAUCCGAUGGCUGGGUGGCCGCCUCAUGAGCGCCACGGGAGGAUUAGUCGCUGGUGCUCUUUCUUCCCCACCGAAAAGAAUGACCGGGGAGCAGGACUUUACCCCGGCGGUGGUGUUGCAUCGAGCGGCGACCCCCCCUCCGGAGCUCUCGACCUCUACUGCCGAGCCAGACAUAGACUAUGAAGGGCUUCCUCAGGGAGUCGCCACCAGCACACACAUGCUGGCAGGAGCUGUAGCUGGAAUCAUGGAGCAUUGCCUUAUGUAUCCCAUCGAUUGUGUCAAGACUCGCAUGCAGAGCCUUCAUCCCGAGCCUGGAGCGCGCUACCGCAACGUGAUGGACGCGCUGCGGCAGAUCGUGCGGACCGAGGGAGUGUGGCGGCCGAUCAGAGGCGUGAACGUGCUGGCGGUCGGAGCGGGACCGGCUCACGCUCUCUACUUCGCCUGCUACGAGAAGAUCAAGUUCUCACUGAGCGACGCAAUCCAUCCCGGAGCUAACAGCCACUUCGCUAACGGAGUGGCGGGCUGCAUGGCCACGGUGAUUCACGACGCCUUGAUGAACCCAGCUGAAGUUAUGAAACAGCGUAUGCAAAUGUUCAACUCCCCGUAUCGCGGCGUGAUGGAUUGUAUGGGCUCCAUGUUGAGGCGGGAGGGCAUGGGCGCUUUCUACCGCAGCUACACCACCCAGCUGACCAUGAACGUGCCCUUCCAGGCGCUCCACUUCAUGACCUACGAAUACCUCCAGGAGCUGCUCAACCCCCACAGACAGUACAACCCUUCCUCUCACGUUGUGUCGGGCGCGCUGGCGGGAGCGAUCGCCGCCGCAGCCACCACUCCCCUCGACGUCUGCAAGACCCUCCUCAACACGCAGGAGGCUCAGGCGAUACACUUGAUCCAAGCCCAGGCAGCGACGGCCGGCGGCGCCGCUGCCACCGCCUCGGCGCCCGGCAGCCGCCACAUCUCUGGUCUGGGCGAGGCUUUUCGGACGGUGUACAGAAUGGGCGGCGUGCCUGCCUUCUUCAAAGGCGUCCAAGCCCGCAUCAUUUACCAGAUGCCCUCCACGGCCAUCAGCUGGUCCGUCUACGAGUUCUUCAAGUACAUCAUCACCAAGCGGCAGCACGAGAGACGGCUGCGCAGCGACCGUGACGGAGACAAAUAAGCAACUGGAAAACACGGAUCGAAAGGUUUUAUCGCACCGUGCCGAAAUAUUGGUAUCGGAGGUUUAUUGAUUUCCAGACAUCGGAAGGUUUUUUCAGAAGCUCUCGAGUUUUAUAUUCUUUGAGUGAAAAAAAAUAAGUCAUCGUUUGAUCGUUUACUGAGAUCAGUUCGGCGUGGUCGGUUCUAGUUCACAGCAGGUGUAGACAAGUACAGCUAAUUAGGAUUACGACUUGUCUCGGAUACUUUGUUACUAGACGUGGGGGGUUGACGAAAUGUUCAGCUGCACCCAUCAGUAAGGAGAAAAAAAGCCUUGUAAUGGCUGACAGGAAGUCCCGCUCCCUCCCCUCUCGCUGAUUUCUGAUGCUUUAACUACAUUUUUUUUAGUGUUAAAACUUGACAAACUGCUUUCAAAAAGCAAAUUAUUUAUGGAAGACAACAUACUGUACAAGUCUGUUUGAAUUCAGCCCUUUGAACCAUGAAAUUCUCACGUUCCCUUUUUGACCACCUACUGAGCAGUUCUAGCAUUUGGACGUUUUUUUUGUUUUGUCUCUGAACUCGAGAACGUUGAACUAAAGAAACUUUUGACUGUGAGGUUUUUUUUUGAAGUGCUGACUUUAAGCUUUAGUUUAAGGGUGUUUAUCCACAUCUUUAGUAACUGUAACUGUAGAUGUCGGAGCGUUUUUUAAACAGACCCCCCAGGGAUAUAAAGGGGGCUAAAGAGUCAUCCACGGUUGACCCAAUAUGGAUGAGGAAAACCCUCAAGUACCCUUAAAGCUUAAAGUCGGCACUCUGAGCUCCAUAGUCACUGUUUCAUUUCAACUCUGAUGUGUUCGGAGCCAAAAUGACUCAAAUAUUUCCAAAUACUCAAGAACUUUGCCGUAAACUGGCUCGAACACCCCUCCCGUAAACUGCACUGUUGCACUUCUGGAAAAGUAUUGCUACCAUAUUGCCUGCUGACCACCGGGGGGCGCACUGCUCAACCUUCAAAAUUUUUUGAACUAGUGGAUAAAUAACUAUGACAUCAGGGGAGAGGAAUGAGUGUUGUUACACAGAACCAGCGUUUACUAUCAAGAUUAGUUUAAAUACUCGCGCUGAGGGGGUUCGGUAACACUUCACUUAGAGCAAGAAAGAAACAUUUGAAAGGUUAUUUGAUUUAAAUAAAAGCAAGAAAAAUUAAAUUCCUCCAUCAUCCAUCAGUCCUGUGAGACAUGAGGAGUAUGCAGCUUGUACACUAUCUCCUCUAUUUUUUUUUUUUUUAGGAGGUCAGAAUUAGUUUUGGAUCAAAAAUACUGAACAUCUUAGUGAGACAGGUUCAUGAGUGAAAGAGUGUGUGUGUGUGUGUGUGUGUGUGUGUGUGUGUGUGUGUGUGUGUGUGUGUGUGUGAUAUAACAGUGGAGUGAAUGGAAAUUCAGUUUCAUAGCAUUCAGCAGUGACUCUGACCAGAUUUGAUCACAACUAAGCCUCACUGUGCAAUUAACUGUCGUUCCUUGAAAGAACCCCCCCCCCCCAAAAAAAACACACAAACACACAUAAUUACACAAACUCAAAAAGUUUCGGUGAAAUUAAAUUUAGGGCGUUUUCAGACCAAUUGAAUCAGGAUUCUGGUUCGAUUUUUACCUCCAAAUGGUUCAAUUUGUGAUCCAACCUUCAUCCAAAUCAAGAGUUUCUAGCAGCUAGUCGGAGAAUGAUGGAGGUUCGAUCAGGAGUAGCUGGAAAAAAAGAAAGAAUAUUGCAUUUUAAUGAAUUGACAGGACAUUCUUCUUGUGGUUUUAUUAUCACAUAGCAGUGCAAAAAGCAGCUUUAGUGAUGCAUUAUGGGCCAAAAAAACAGAACAGCAACCUUAACCUACCGAGACCCUUUUGAGAAAGUGAUCCCACCUCCAUCUGACCGAACUAGUAGAAGCUGCAUUUGAGUAAAAUCAAAAGUUUCUAGCAGCUAGUUGGGAGAAUGAAUUAAGGUCCAAUCUGGAGUAGCCUGGAAAAAAAAGAGUGCAUUUGGCAGAUAGGAUCGUCUUCCUUGUCUUAAAAUUCUCACACAUCGGUGCAAAGAGCGUCUCUAGUGAUGCAUUUAGGUUCUGUUGGAUUUUAACUGUGUGAAAAGAAACCAAACUAAAAGGGGAACCACCUGCCAAAUUGACAAGUGAAUGUUAAAGCUCAGCCAGACACUCAAUAGAUUAUCAUUGUGUGGGUUGUUUUGGCACAUUUUACCUCCAUUGUGCUGCUGCUAAUUUUUUCCCCCUGUUACCAACAAAUCCAUUGAUUCAAAGGUUUGAUAAACGCCCUUUAUCCGUAAGAUUUCAUAAAAAAGACGAGGUAACAGUUGCAUGUUGUCUCUUUAAAUAUCUUCUGAGUAGCCGAGCACACCUGAAGGCUGCAGAUCGUCUCUGGAUAGAGUCAAUAGAGUGGCGAACACAUGACUGAUAGGCUUUGCACAUUGACGCCGUUACGUUUCAUUAGAUUCCAAUUUAAAAAAAAAAAACAUCCAUCAUAUGUAAGAAGAAGAAGAAGAAGAUGAUGAUGAUGAUGCCACAUGUUGCACUCUGAAACACUCAGUGCUAGCAGGAAAAGAUGCUACGCCUCUUAAAAAAGUAAGAGUGGAAAUGUUCAUAUUUCCAACAGAGAAGUAUUUUUCCAUAGCGCAUACGUAGAGAAUCUUUUUAUUACAAACUGAAAUGAAAGAAGAAAGAAAGGAAAAAGGCAAAGAGUGUUGUUUUUUUUUUUUUUUUUUUUUUUAAGACAAUCACGUUGUUUUUCUUUUUUGCUUUAGUUUUAUUUCAUCCUCUUAAAAAAUAAACGCACAGCAUCCUAGCACUUAAUAGCAAUUCUGUGUUAUUCUUAAGGUGAAUUUAAAAUUUAAAAAAACAAAGCAGCAUCUUUUUACAGUGAAAUCAAGUGCAGAGGAUUUUAAAGGAACAUUAUUAUUACUACACAUGCCUUCAGUUAGCCGCUAUACACCCAACGCACAACUACUACAAAGAGAUCCUCAGAUAUAUAGAUAAAUAUUGUGUUUUUUGAAGCCAUAAAACAGGAAUAAAUUGUAUAUAAUAUAUCUAAAUAUGGGUAAAUAUACAUAAACCCGAAUUCUAACCAGCUAGGUUUUUGAAGCUUGGACUUGUAUGUCGAACUAUAUAUAUAUAUAGUAUAAAAGUGUACAAGUUUUAUCAAAACCACGCUGUAAAAAAUGCAGGUUUUUGUAGAAACGCACACAAUACAAUACUCAUCUGGAAAGUAGCAAAAGAAAAAAAUAAGAAAAACCUGGAUUACUUCAAAUUCAGUUUACAUAUGUGAGGAAAACUUUAAAGUGGGUUUAAAAAGGGUAUUUAAAAAAAAAACAAUAAAAAAAAAAAAGUGUUUCCUCUUGUUACGCCAAGUUUUUGAGCUCGGGAAACCAAAGACUGAGAAGCAAUAGAGGAAAGAAAGAAAGAAAAGCAGGAGAGAGAGAGGAAGCAGUGGUUUGUCAGAAGCCGACAUUAAUGUGAAAUGCUUGAGCACUGUUUGAAAGCGACACCUGUAUUUUUGUGAAUUGUAAAUAAAACUCGCUAAGGCAGCUCCUCGCAGAAGCAGGGUCUUCUCUUGGUGCUGACUCUCCAAGCGCUGAGAGAAACUUA